AUGUCGUUUGAGGACGUUAUUCUGCGCAACGAUGUCGCAGGCGUAAGAGCCUUCUUCAAUGCGGCUGCCAAGAACGCCGUAAAUGCCGUGAACGGGAACGGCUACGUUCCGCUGUACUUUGCGUGUAUGAAGCCGUCUGUGUCUCUGCAGGUGAUCGAAGAGCUGGUGCAACUAGGCGCUACGGUGGACGGCAGGGGCACCGACGGCGAAACGCCCUUGUACAUCAGCGUGCACAAUCACCGCCUGGACGCGGCGAAGUACCUCAUCGCUAGAAAGGCAGACGUGAAUGCCGUGAACGGCCCUCACAGAGAAACUGCCCUGCAUGUGGCGGCAAGAUGCGGAUUUGCAGACAUUCUGUCCUGCUUGCUGAGAACUGGCGCUGACGUGAAUAUGCGCAACGCGAGGCAAGAAACUCCUCUGUACGUGGCUGCGCAAGCUGGCCGCCACGACACCGUGUACCUCCUACUCGAGGCCGACGCAAACGCCGCACUUGCGAACGAAGACGGCAAGACGCCGCUUUACAUCGCCUCUGAAAAGGAGUACAAGCACGUAGUCGUACUUUUCAAGGCCACACGCGCCGACUUGAAGCAUGCAAAGUCGCUUGCUGACUCAGAGUGGCGGCUGCGUCCAGAGCCGAUGAUGUCGUCGGACCAGAUGCUGGACAAGGCUGCGGCUGACCAGCAGUUCGUGGCAGAAGUGCAUCGACGCUCUUCUGCGGGUGCGCCAGCGCCGGAUACGAAGCCGAUGGAGGUGGUAGAAAUCAAGGUGCCGGAGCCCCAGGUGCGUAGGCACAACCCCCUGACGGGGGAGUCGUACGGCCCUUGCCGCAGUCUGGAGGAGGUGGGCUACGAUUCGCCACCAAUUCCGAAGGAGCUGCAGAACCGGCCACCGGCGAGGCUGUCGCGCGUUGGGGGAACGUCCCUGGUGGUUGGCACCGGCACAGAAGAGGGCGGUCAUGAGCCGAUCCGCAUCGAUUCAAUCGGCGGAGACGGUGUCGAGUACUAUGUGCCACCCAACAAAUAG